GAUAAGAACAAAAAUAUCAAUCUUUACUUUUUCUUCUUUUUUUACUGGAGAUAAGCGGAUGAAAAGGAGAGACUAGGGAGUCCCUGACACGUGCGUGACAUACUCGAUCGAGACACGGCUUGGGACGCGGUUCUGUCGCUUGCGUGAUCGGAAUUUCGUUGCACGUGCGGUCGGACUCAACUGCUGCGUUUUUUGGUGGAUUCUUGUGAUUUAGCGGUUUUUCGGCAGACCUCGGAGGCGCCUCCAUGCAGCGGCAAGUCGGCCGCGGCUUCGUCUGUUUGUGGUCCCAGAUACGUUGUGUGUGUGGCCGUGAUACAGAUUGAAACGGGGUCAGAGCAACACGAUGACAUCUGUCCUGUUCGACCCACUGGAGUGCGACUCCGUGCACUUCCUCAACAAGAGCACCCAGUGCAGCUUCGUCCAGGCUAACGAAGACUGCCACGGCGACGAGAAGUGGCUGGCGUACACCAGCUUCGUCUACUGCGCCUUCGGGUCGGGGAACACGGUACCCGCCCUAGGCGUCCUGCUUAUCGGCCUCCUGGUGAUGUUCCUGGGACUGGGCGUCACCGCGGACGAAUUCCUGACGCCGUCAUUGAUUGUGAUAUCUGACUCCUUGCGGCUCUCCCAGAACAUCGCUGGAGUGACAUUCCUGGCGUUCGGCAAUGGUGCUCCGGACAUCAUCUCCUCAUUGGCCGGAAUUCAGCAGGCCCGGCCAGCGUUGGUCAUCGGAGAGCUCUUCGGCGCCGGCAUUUUCGUGACCUGCAUUGUGGCGGGUUCCAUCUGCCUGACGCAGGACUUCAGCGUCAUGGAGCGGCCCUUCCUGCGUGACGUCAUCUUCUACAUCGGCGCCACAUACUGGGCCUUCUUCCUUUUUUACAGUAGAGAGAUCACCAUAUAUCAUUCAGUCGGCUUCAUCGUACUGUACAUCGCGUUCAUCCUGGUGGUGGUGCUGAGCAGACUAAUCUAUCAGCGUUUCAAGGAGAGCGAAGCAGAGGAAGCUGCGAACUCGUCCGCGGCGGCGAGACCGGGCCCGCAGACUUGGGCGGGCACGUUGCUGCGGAAGUUCAAGGAGGGUCUCUGCGCAAGCGCUAAAGACCCUCCAGCCCAAGCCAAGAACUGCAAGAUGUUCAACAAUAAUACGAUGGAUGAUGCCGAAAUGGGCGUCGUCCUUCGACGGUUCAGUUUCCGAGAGAGCACGUCACACCGGCCUCGGAGGCGCACGCUGUCCGGCGUGAACCUUCACCACCACAGGCAGAACUCCAUCUUCAUCAUCACCACUUCAGAGAACGAGAAGCAGGCUCGAGCACGGAGUCGGAGCCGAAGCCGCAGCCGGAGCCGGAGCCCCAGCCGCAGCCGAACGAGCAGCGUAGCCAGCAGUCGCUGUAGCAUUCCCAGGCACGACAGCUUUCUCAGUCAGAUUAACUUCAUUCGAUACCGAAUCAAGCUCAAAUCGGACACCAAGUCACGCGAGAGCUCGCAUACACUUCUCGCUUCUGUGUUAUCACUGCCCGUCUAG